CUCAAGGUAGUCAGAAAAAACACGAAUUUAUAGAAUAUUGAACUGUGCUACACUGAGUUAGCGCGUCAUUCGUAAGCUUCGUCAUCGCAAUGUCUUUGGAAUAUGCUCGCGUUGGGACUAUUGAAGAUAUAACAUCAAUUGGUUCAACUACUAGCUUUCUUCAGGCUACAGCAGCUGAGGUUCGUUCUACAAGAGUCAAUUGGCAAUCUUAUCUUCAGGGACAAAUUAUAAAUGAAGAGCAAUACUCUUUUAUUAAUCGGUUGGAUAACGCUCCUACAGCGGAAGCUCGAAAUCAUGUCAUCAGAGCUGAUGAGCAGAUGACUGCAAGAGUUUUCACUUUUAUUCUAAAUAAAAUAUCCAAAGAACAAACUCUACGUUAUAUCCUUACGCUUAUUGAUGAUAUACUUCAGGAAGAUAAAUUACGAGUGGAAAUAUUCCGUGACUACUUUGCUAAAACGAAAGAAUCACUAUGGUCUCACUUCUUUGGUUUCUUUCAAAGAGGUGAUCCUUUCUGCAUGCACCAGGCCUCUAGAAUAAUAGCAAAGUUUGCAUGUUGGUCCUCCCAACUAAUGGAGGAAAACGACCUGAUUUAUUACUUGAAUUGGCUACGAGAACAACUCACUAUCAGUAACAAUGAAUAUGAUCAAACUGUUGCUCGAAAUCUUCAAAUGAUGUUGCGCAUUAAGGAGUAUCGUGUCCAGUUCGCUAAAGUUGGUGGAGUUGAAACGAUUGUCGAUGUCCUUCAGGAAAAGACAACCAGUCGACAAUUGCAAUAUCAGUUAAUUUUCUGUCUCUGGUGUAUGAGUUUUGACUCAUACCAUGUCACUGAGAUAUGCAAAAAUUCUGCACUCCUGGCCACUGUAGCUGGGAUUUUUCUUGAAGCAGAUCGUGAGAAAAUUACUAGAAUUUCACUAGCUCUAUUUCGUAGUGUUUUAGAAAAGUUACCGACAAGCACUGAACAAAGAGAAUGUGGUUUACGCUUAGUUCAGUAUAAAGUACUGAGAGAAUUAGAAUUACUCGGUCAAAAAGAUUUUAGUCAUGAUCCUGAAUUGACAGAUGAUAUUGCAUUUCUAAAUGAAAAGUUAUCUGCAAGUAUACAAGAUGUAAGCAGUUUAGAUGAAUAUAUGGCUGAACUGAAAUCUGGUCGGUUAGAAUGGUCACCAGUGCAUAAAUCAGAAAAGUUUUGGUAUGAAAAUGCUGUGAAAUUCACCGAUAACAAUUAUGAAAUGUUAAAGAUGAUAGUGAAAUUAGUUGAACUUGCUGUUGAUCCAUUGACAUUAUCUGUUGCUGUUCAUGAUAUCGGUGAAUUCGUGAGACAUUAUCCACGUGGUAAACAGAUAAUAGAAACUCUGGGAGGUAAACACCUAGUAAUGGCGUUAUUACAACACGAAGAUCCAAAUGUACGUUAUAAUGCAUUGGUCUCAUUACAGAAGAUAAUGGUACAUAAUUGGGAAUACCUUGGAAAACAAUUGGAUUCAGCUCAAAGUACCGAAGUAAAGUCGACAGGAAUAAGAGUAAAAUAAGCUGUGAUUUUGUUUUCACUUCUAUCCAGUGAAUGAUAUAUAUUCUCGCAACACUGACAACGCUUUGUUAGUUGUCAUCACCAAUUUAUGGCUUUUUGGGGACUGAUUGAUUGAUUUUUUAUGAGUGAUAUUUUUCUCUUUUAUUCAGAAUCAGCAUUAUUUGUGCUAUUGUCGUUAGUAGUAGUCAGUCCAAUACACUUACUUUGUAAUUCUUAUGUGAUGAAUUGCUUUGUCAACAUAUAGAUAUAUAUAUAUUUCUGUGAUUCCUUCAGGUAUAUACUCACUGUACCAGCACCACCAACACCACCCCCACCCUCUUUACAUUAUUGAUAUAAUCAUCAAUCAAAAAAGCAUAAUAUAUUAUUUCUAAUUAUUGAUUCUCUUCUGUGAAUUGAAUUUCGUCUUUCCCUUCUCUCUCUUUUCUUUUUCUUCUUAAAACAUCCAAGUCAACCUCGUUAACAUUCCUUCAUUUCUUCUUUAUCAAUUUAUCGAUUAUUCUGGGUAAUAAACGGUUGAAUUUUAAUGA